GGACAAUUGUGGACAAGAAACAGUAGAGUAUAGCAUUACAGCUCUAAACUGAAGGAAGAUUGUCCUUGCUCCACUCAUCCCCAAGAGGAAAAUGGCAGCUAAGAACUCUUCUGUGACAGAGUUUAUCCUUACAGGUUUAACAGACCAGCUGGAACUCCAUAUCCCUCUCUUCUUCCUGUUUCUAGGUUUCUACCUGGUCACUGUGCUGGGAAACCUGGCCUUGAUAGCCCUGAUUUGGUUGAAUUCUUGCCUACACACCCCCAUGUACUUUUUCCUCUUCAACCUCUCCUUAAUAGAUUUCUGCUACUCCACUACCAUCACCCCCAAAAUGCUGAAGAGUUUUGUCUCAAAGAAGAACAUCAUCUUGCAUGCAGAGUGUAUGACUCAACUCUUUUUCUUCUGCUUCUUUGUCAUUUCUGAGUCCUUCCUCCUGUCAGUGAUGGCAUAUGACCGCUAUGUGGCCAUCUGUAAACCAUUGGUGUACAUGGUCACCAUGUCUCCUCAGGUCUGUCUAUUCCUUUUGUUGGGUGUCUACGUGAUGGGGCUUUCAGGGGCGAUGGUCCAUAUGGGAAGCAUAGCAAGUCUGACCUUCUGUGCUGACAACCUUCUCAAUCAUUUCAUGUGUGACAUCCUUCCUCUCCUCGAGCUGUCCUGCAACAGCACUUAUGUAAAUGAACUGGUGGUCUUCCUCCUUGUGGCCAUUGACAUUGGAAUGCCCAUUAUCACCAUCUUCACCUCUUAUGCUCUGAUUCUGUCCAGCAUUCUGCACAUUCACUCCACUGAGGGCAGGUCCAAAGCUUUCAGUACAUGUAGCUCUCAUAUAAUUGUGGUUUCUCUUUUCUUUGGUUCCGGGGCUUUCAUGUAUCUCAAACCACCUUCUAUUUUGUCCCUUGACCAAGGGAAAGUGUCCUCUAUGUUCUAUACCAUUGUGGUGCCCAUGUUAAACCCACUGAUCUACAGUUUGAGGAACAAGGAUGUCAAAGUUUCCCUGAGGAAAACCUUGGAAAGAAAAAUAUCUUCUUGAAAAAGUAGCAUUUGAAGAAGAUACAAUGCUUUGUUUAUUGGUGUGUGUGUUUUCCAAGAAAGAUCCAAGUUCUAGUUUUUUCUCUUCUGUAAAAAAGAGAAUUUUAAGUCUACGUUUCAUGGAUGUUGACUACAUAUCUAUUUUCUGUAUCCCGUGACCCAUCUCGACUAUUCCACGAUUCUUUUAUGCAUUUUUUCUACAAUCAUAAAUCAUUUAAUCUGAAAUGGGGCUUAUAAACCAUUUUAUCUGAGCUUAUUUAACAGGCAUUGGAGACUUAGACAUUUU